UGGGACAACAUUCUGCAGGUGCCCAUACUGACGGCUAAUAUUGUUAUUGCCUGGAGCGAAGACGAGACAGUUCGUCUGGAUCGCCUUCUGUACUGUACACUGGCUCCUAUCUUUAAAUGUUUGCGCCCAUCCACAAAAACUUUAACGGUGGCCGAUCCAUCGUGGCUGCUGAGAGACACAGUUACCCUGGAAAUACUGGACAUGGUGCAGUAUAUUACCCAGCAGAUCGGCAACAUUCGACUGGAUGUUAUUCGGAUCAUUGGCGCUCGUUGCUGUCUGCAUUGUGACCACAGCUAUCUGCUGGACGACCGCCGAGAAUGUCUGUUUCACCGAGCAGAUGCGGAAACGGCUGUCGGUGAAUACAGAAACAAAGUUGGCGUACGCUGGGGUGAUUUCACGGCAGCGUGCCGAGGUCUUCCCUGCGACACCCUGCAGUUGAUCAACUUUGAGGUAAAUCUGGAUUACACCAACGAGUGGACCGAAGGCGACGUUUCUCACUGGACACCGGUCAUGGAGAUUACGACGCCGCGCAUCAAGGUUAAUGCGGAUUUCGAUGGCGCUUUAUGGGAAGGGAUGAAUGCCGGCUUAGCAGUGACGAGUGGUCGAAAACAGCAAACGUUAGCGCAGUGGUUGAAAGGGAAUACGGCUGAUCCCUUAACCAGUACGGCUUGCAAGAUUCUUUGUGCGACACAGACAGCGGAUCCGCGGUCGUCGUUGCAGUAUCGCGGGAAGAAGUGGUGCUGGGACGGCAUAAAGGACUUGCGAGUGGCAGAAUUAUCGUCCCUUGCGCAGCAUUUCCUGAUGAAACUGCAGGAAUCUUUUGGAAAUCCAGGUCUCGCUGGAAAAAUGUCAGAAAUCCCCGGCGAGAAGAGAAAACGUUCGUAUAAGGACACGGGAGCAGCCCGUCAAGGAGGGGCAAGUGCAGCCAGUGGUGGCGCCAAGAGAGGACCAGAUGCUAAGAAAAAGCCUGACAAGAAAGACCGGAUAGAGUCAGACGAUGAUGACAAUAACAAUAAAAAUACCCACUAAAGUCAAUCCCGUGGCCCUAUGGAUGCUCCGCCAAUCUUGUUUUCAUUGUUUUUCCUUGGAUAUUGUUUUACCUACAGUGACCGCAUUCGUUAUAAAUCUAUUUUUUUACUUCGACUAUCUGCAACAGGUGCCACUGUGGGCAAGGCGCACAAUAGCAUUGUGCCUGGGGUGUUCUUUUUUAGAUACGUUUUUUUAGCACUAUAGGAUGUGUUGCGGCGGUUG